UAUAAAUAAAGCUAGCUAGCGAUACAGGUACAGGUUGUACGUACCAGCAGCGCAGCCGGCCGGCCUAAACGCUUACACUUGCAGUAUAAAGGUAAAGGUUCGAUAUCCGACUAUUAGCUGAGACCUGAGGCUGAGUGAGAGUCGAUCUGAUGUAGCUGUCCUUAGGCCUAUCUGGAUUCAAAUGAUAGUUUUCGAAGUACUAUAGUAUAGGCCCUAGUGGAUUUCUAUUUUUUUGCUUCCAAAUAUAGGGCCUAGUACGGUACGGUACAUUACAAAAAAGAAAGAGACACAGACAGUCGUCGGACACGUCACCGUCGUCUUACCCAGCUCAGCUGGCCGGACUGGCUGCAUUGGUGCCCGACAUCGGAGAAAACUUGCGACCCAACUGACUUAAAGCUGGCUUUGCAGAUUACUUCACUCAAUCACUGAGAAGGUGCUCUUAGUCUUAAUACUAGGCCUACAUUACAAGAACAUGGGUGAGAAGGAUAAGGAUGAUGGGAUCAGUAUGAAGAGUGGAGGAUUCAAAUAUCAGAACCGCAAAAAACUCAGUCAGCGGGAAUUAAAUGCCAUGCAUCCAACACAAAGGAGCAAAUAUUUAGCAUAUGAAGACCCACCAAAAGAAGCAACAGAAGCCAUAGCAAGCUCCAAGAAGAGAGUACAGGAUAAAAGCAAGAAACAUCUUGAAGAUUCUAGGAGAGAAAAUGAGGUUGAUAUUGAGAAAGAUAAACACAAUCAAUUAAUAGGGCAACUCAAAGCUGCUGAGGCUAGGAAUAGAUUACGAGUGAUGAGAUUAAGAUAUCAAGCAAACAGGGCCCAAGAAGUGAAGCAUCUGAUUUCUUGCCAACCAUCAGCCAUCAAAGCUGUAAGAUUGCAAGCCAUGGUCCCACACAUACCAGACAAGAACAGUCCUUCUGAUUCAUUGGAUAAGUUAGAGAGAACACGAGUGGAGACUCUUUUGGAAGAUGAGAGAGGGCUUACUAUUGAUAGAGAUCUGAGCUGAUUAUAUCACUUGUUCAUGAUUAUACUUCAAGCUAUGAAAACUAAACUUCAUGCCAUUGAAUGGAAAAAAGGAAAGAAGAAAAGUUGAAGUGUAUAGCCAAGAUGAGGAAGAAAUAAAUGCUGUCUUACUGAGAUGAGAGGACCAGCUUGGCCAUUCUAUGCAACUUGCGUUCUAGUUUGGCUUACAAAAUGACUAAAUAUCCAUACGUGCUGAAUAACGGUAUUAAUUUUUGUAGUUUCAAACUCUUUGUCUAUUUAGACACACAACUAACAUAAAUCUAUAUUCAAAGAAAGAAAGGUGACUCUUAAGGAUAGAAAAAGGAUGUCAUCUAGUUAAUGUAAAGUUCUGAAACUCCUAAAUAGGGGAAGGCGGGGUAAGUUGAGCAUAGGGGCAAGUUGAGCCACCAGCCCCAGGCCAAUAAGUCAGACAAUGUGGUGGUGUCAUGUAUUGAU